AUGGCACCAUCGACCAGUAAUCGAGUUUCUUAUGACUCAAGACUCGCACUCGCACUCACUCGUACUCGCUCUCGCUCGACCCGACUCAACCCGACCCGACCCGACCCGACCCCUCCUCCGCCGGCAAUGCAAUCCUUCGAUGCGCCCGGUACGGACAGCCCAGGGCUGGGCAGUCUCUUGUUGCUUUUAUGGCAACAUAUACCGGACAGCCUACUCCCUGCAAACCUUUACCCCACACCCUUUUCGAUGUGGCGAAUGCAAUUGACUCCGGACAUGGGUAGCUGCUGGGCUCCGGCAGCGGAGCCGUGCCGAGCCGGUGGUAGAGAUAAUCUAACCUACUUCUGCACGGAUGACGUGACCAGACCCUUUUUCUUGAAGUACCGCUAUGCUAAGCAGCACACGAGUAAGCUUGGAGCGGCAGCCGUGACGCUUGGAGAUAAUGUGAUCAGUUAG